AUGAGUUCCACAUUUGGCCUGUUGAUCGGGGUGUUUGUCCUUUGUGGCUUGGCUCUGGUGGCUCUGCUGUCCUUCGUGUCCUGGAGGUUUUGCUGGCUCCCGUGGAGAAACAAGCCCCUGCUCUCAUCCUCCGCCGGCCAGGCCCUGUCGCCCUGUGCACCCGAGCUCCGCCUUCUCACGCCUAACCGCUCACUGCCCCCUGUGCUGCCGCCCCAGUCACCCGUCACCAUGGCGACGGAGAAGGUGAAGGACCCUCUGGGCUCUAUGGGGUUCCUGGAGGCCGCGGUGAAGAUCAGCCACACGUCUCCGGACAUACCCACCGAUGUGCAGCUCUCCAUGAGGGAGCACUUCCUUCGACGCACACAACGCAUGCAGAGACAGACCACAGAGCCAGCUUCCUCCACCAGUGUCAGGAUGUGA